AUGCGAUGCAUACUCAUCUUCGACCAUUUAAACGACAUCUUAUUUACGAAAUGCGACUCAAAAUUUAUUCAACAUGUCCGGAAACUGGCAACGAAUCAAGGUCUGCUACCGCAAACGGAAUCUGGAGGAGAUGAUUGCACAUUAAGUCCAAAUGUCAUAAUUCAAUUAUUUUCUCCAAUGGUUACAUCCCAACGGGUGAUGAGCUGUCAAUUUGGUAAUUCGUAUACGUUCAUUCAAUGCCAAGAUGGAACCAACAUGGUUUUUGAUGAGUACAUGGGCUAUCUGUUUAUUCACAUUGGACUUGAGGAGGUGAAUUGGCUGAAGCGAACCUUGGGUGUCUGUAUAUCCUUUGUUAAACAUCUCUGUGGACCUGAUGUUUCAUUGUUGAAGAUAAGUCAGAGCCGUUCGGAUCUUCUGACCCAGCUGCUAGACUCAUGGGUUUUCCUUCAGGAUUCAGAACAAUGGCUCCUUGUUGAAGCAGUUGAACAAUUGACAGUGAAUGCUGAACUAAGUGGAGCAACCCUCAAAACUCUGCAAUCAGCUGUUGACAAGAUGCGCAGUGUUGAUGAAUUGCAGCGAGUGCAUGCAAUGAUAUUAGUUCGUAAUAAAUUUUUGUCACUCUACUCAAGCAAAAAUACUCAAGACCUGUCUGCUGCAGACCUAUUAUUUCUAAAUAUCCUCACAGAAUGUGUCCAAGAAAAGGAAUCUCAACCUAAAACAACUAGUGAUAGUGGACUAAGUGGUGAGAGCAGUGAUGAGUUUUACAGUCCCUCUGGAAGUCUUGCCAGUACUCCCAAUGCAAGUCCACACAUAAACAGGCGAUCUCCAUCCUCUGCUUUGAAUGAAUCAGUCUCACCAGUCACAGUGACAGUCAGCCAUGACCUAAUCAGCCAUUUGGUUUUGCUCAGUGGCGUUCCCUAUGCAGUGCACAUGGCUACUAUGGCCCCUGGUGUCACACUUUUACUCAUGGUGCAGACACAGAUGGGACCUCUGUGCAAUGGACUGUCAGAUGCUCUGCAAGCACUUAAUGUACUGCAAACAUUGCAAGUCCAGAAGGACUCAGACGGUGUCAAACUUGCAUUUGAAGCUCUUGAUGGUGCCAUGAAACGUACUUUUGAUGGUCUGAAAAAAGUGAAAAUGACUGCACCUUCCAUAGAGUCAUGCAGUUCUAAAUUACAAGGACUUUGGGAUUUUAUGCGAAGGAAGUACAUUGAAUACAUAAAAGCACCACUUCCAGACUGUCUGCUUAGAAUUGAGUCUAGCUCUGCUGGAUUUCAAUCAUUGUUGUGUGAGCUGCUAUGGAGAACAUGUCUUGAUUCCAUAGCAUUGCACGCUGCUGUUUCUGGAGUAGAGUCUGGUGCAGAACAUGUGCGGAAAGGUCUGCAUGAUUUUAGUAGCUUUCUUGAAGUGAAAGCUCUCUGCAAUUUCACUUUAGGAUCGCGAGCUUCCCUAACCAUCAACAAGUAUUUGGAAGAAUUUCCUGGUCUGGUCCAUUUCAUAUAUGUUGACCGCUCAAAUCACCGAGUAACUGCACCGUCCUUGGAUUUUUCUGCUCAAGAGACAGUAACUCUCACCAAAAAGAAGAUCUGGUGGAUGGUGGAAUUGAGUCGAGCACAUCUGCAAGAUGGUCAUUUUGCUUUGAUGUGGAAGGACACCACUUUCAACUAUGCUUACUUUUUAUGGUUUGAAGAUGCCUCUGGUUCUCCACUGAAACCUAAAGUUCUUCCCACAUCUGCACUUAAAAACUUUCCUAUGCCUGGUGUCAUGUGUGGGGAUUUCUAUCAGAAGUUGAUUGAAUGCUGUUUUCCCAAAACAUCCCCGAGCAAAAUUCGGUGUUUUGAGCUGAUGUGCAUUCAUUUAGGCUUGGCAACAUCAUCUUGUGUUUUGGAACACUCGAGAAGAUUGGCUGCUACUAUUUGGGAAGUGACAGGGAUGCCAGGAAGCCCAUUAGAUCUUUUGUAACAAUAAUUUUGGUGUCCCUGAAAUCGUAAAAUGAGAGCAGUAUAAGUUUUUUUUUAUUACAAUUUGACUUGGUUCUCACCAAUAGAUUACAGUACAGUCAAUGUUCUCUCUCAAUAAUUUUUAUUUGAUAUUCAGCCGUGUUCUAAUUUUAAUCUGUCCUUUUGUUAUCGAAAUCUCAUUUUUUUAUCAUAUUUAUUUAUGAUUAUUACAUAUUGUUUAUAUUUAAAGUUACCUUUUAUUGUUGAAUUUUAUCUCUAUGUUCUCAAUUGCCUCAAGUACGUUCGUCAGAGCAGUAAAAAAAAAAAGAAAAAAAAAUACUCUGAGAAAAAGUUGAUUAGAAAUGCUUACUGGUGCCAUACAUUAGUUUCUUGUUUCUCUCUCAGGAAACUUGAUGUUAUUUUAAGUUAUGCCACCUUGAUGUGCCAACAAAUUUUAAGCUGUAAGUGAACAUGCAAACAUGUUAAGUGGAGUGUAUCCAAAAGUUUUGUUCUAUAACCAGUGACGAUACCUGUAAUUAAUUUAUGCAUUCAGUUGAGCAGAUGAUUUGUAUUAUUUCUUGCUUUUGGUAUCGAGUCAGAUUAGAAAGUAAGUUAUUUUAAUGACCCAAAGUACAAAGUAUGAUGUCAGUAUUUGAUAAUUGGAUGACUGAGUUGUCAUUCUUGCAUUUAUAAUUUGGACUGAUGUAUACUGAUGACUAGAAAUUCAGCUUGCUGACUGGUACAUGUAUUUUACUUCAGCUCAUUAUCAAAUUAAUUUUUUACUUUAAUAACUAUGUGAUUGCACUAAGUCGCUUAUUUGAGGAUAUGACAGGAUAAAAUGAGCCUAGUUAUACAGA